CUAUAUUCUACUCAAUUGAGCAUUCUCUUCUUCUCUAUCUUCUUAUAAACACUCAAUCUGCGCAGAAGAAGAACAGCCCUUCUGUCACUGUUCUACGCGCAAGAGAAGAUAAAGUUCGUGCUACUGCCGAUAAUGAAACUCAGCUGCUCCCAACUUAUAAAACCAACCACCGGCCUCCCCCUCGUAUCCUGCCUUUCCUUCUUCUUCUCUCCACCCUCCGCUCUGCUCCUCUUCAAGUCCUAGCAAUGCCUUCCACCGAUACCUUCACCGGCUACCUCGGCCUCGACGCCAACUCCGUCAACGGAAACCUUGUCAAGGGUACCUUCAACCCCAAGGUCUUCUCUGACGACGAUGUCGACCUCAAGAUUUCGCACUGCGGCAUGUGCGCCUCUGACCUCCAUACUCUCCGCUCCGGAUGGGGUGCUACUCCCUACCCCGUUAUCGUCGGACACGAGAUUGUCGGAACCAUCACCAAGAAGGGCAAGAACGUCACCCAGUUCGAGAUCGGCGACCGUGUCGGUGUCGGUGCCCAGGUCCUCUCCUGCCUCAAGGAUGACUGCUACGAGUGCACCCACGACAACGAGCCCUACUGCGCAAACAAGGUCUACACCUACAACUCCAAGUUCGAGAACGGCGACUCCUCCUGGGGCGGCUACGCUCUCGAGGGCCGCUACCCCGCCUCGUUCUGCUUCAAGAUCCCCGACGAGCUCCCGUCCGAGAUCGCGGCGCCCAUGAUGUGCGGUGGUAUCACCGUCUUCUCGCCCUUGAAGCGCAACGGCUGCGGCCCCGGCAAGACCGUCGGUGUCGUCGGUAUCGGUGGUCUCGGCCACUUUGCCCUUCUCUUCGCGAAGGCGCUCGGUGCCGACAAGGUCUACGCCAUCUCGCGCUCCGACGCCAAGGGCGCCGACGCCAUCGCCAUGGGCGCCGAGGGCAUCAUCGCCACUCAGACCCCCGGCUGGAACACCAAGUACGCGCGCAAGUUCGACCUCAUCGUCUCGACCGCCAACAACUCCGACAUGCCGCUCGGUGAGUACCUCACCAUCCUCAAGCCCGGCGGACGCUUCGUCCAGGUCGGUCUGCCCGAGUCGCCCAUCCCGCAGUUUGGAUUCGGCCCGCUCAUCAACAUGAACGUGCACCUCAUGGGCUCGCUCCUCGGAUCCCGCAAGGAGAUCAAGGAGAUGCUCGAGAUCGCUGCCACCAAGGGCGUCAAGUCCUGGGUUACUUGCUACCCCAUGGAGGAGGUCAACGAGGUCCUCAAGCUUAUGGACGCCAACAAGGCUAGAUACCGCUUCGUUCUCACCAAUUAAGUCUUGUCUCUGGUAGCUAGAUUUAGAGUUUACGAGUGUUGCAUGUUUUUGUAUUAGAAUAAUAUAGAAAAUAAUAUUG